UCACAGACGUACAGGGGCGGGCGUGUGGGCCUGUUGGACCAGCAGGAGGACGGCGACGGGCCGAGGCCGCUGGACCCGCCGUUGGAACCACAGCUGGGUGAAGUGACCCCGGCCGGCAGCGCCGCCGUGGUCCCGGAGCGCAGCGACAUGCCCGAGCUGGUGGUAACCGCGCUGCUGGCGCCGUCGCGCCUGUCGCUGAAGCUGCUGCGCGCCUUCAUGUGGAGCCUGGUGUUCUCGGUGGCGCUGGUGGCCGCGGCGGUCUACGGCUGCAUAGCGUUCACGCACGUGCUGUGCCGGCCCCGGCGCGGCUGCUGUGGACGCCGUCGGAGCGCGUGCCCCGCCUGCCUGAGCGACCCCUCGCUGGGCGAGCAUGGUUUCCUGAACCUCCAGAGCUCGGGCCUGCGUCUGCACUAUGUCUCGGCUGGACAAGGCAAAGGACCCCUCAUGCUGUUUCUGCACGGCUUCCCUGAGAACUGGUUCUCCUGGCGUUACCAGCUCCGGGAGUUCCAGAGCCGCUUCCAUGUUGUGGCUGUGGAUUUGCGAGGUUACGGCCCCUCAGAUGCACCCCGGGAUGUGGACUGCUACACGAUCGACCUGUUGCUGGUGGAUAUCAAGGAUGUCAUCCUAGGCCUGGGUUACUCCAAGUGCGUCCUUGUGGCCCAUGACUGGGGUGCCCUCCUUGCCUGGCAUUUCUCCAUCUACUACCCAUCCCUGGUCGAGCGGAUGGUUGUGGUCAGUGGUGCCCCCAUGUCGGUGUACCAAGACUAUUCCCUGCACCACAUCAGCCAGUUCUUCCGUUCCCACUACAUGUUCCUGUUCCAGCUGCCCUGGCUGCCCGAGAAGCUGCUGUCUAUGUCUGACUUCCAGAUUCUGAAGACCGCCCUCACCCACCACAAGACAGGCAUCCCACGCUUGACCCCCAACGAGCUCGAGGCCUUCCUUUAUAACUUCUCUCAGCCUGGUGGCCUCACUGGGCCCCUUAACUACUACCGAAACCUCUUCAGGAACUUCCCCUUGGAACCCCAGGAGCUGGCCACACCCACAUUGCUGCUGUGGGGGGAGAAGGACACUUACUUGGAGCAGGGGCUGGUGGAAGCCAUCAGCAGCCGCUUUGUGCCAGGCCGCUUGGAGGCCCACAUCCUGCCAGGCAUGGGGCAUUGGAUCCCACAGAGCAACCCCCAGGAGAUGCACCAGUACAUGUGGGCCUUCUUGCAAGACCUGCUGGACUAGUGGCCCUUGCUGGCCUGCCCAGGAGGCAUGGAUACUCAGGAAGGAACACACAUAUCUGCCUGUGCCUGGGAGUCCAUCCAAUGUCCAUACAUGGGUGGACUCUUGAAUCGCUCAUACGUAUGGGACUCCUGGAUCUCACACAGGUGCACCUAUGGGUGCCUUGGGACACACUAACCCCUGUACUCACAGGCAUGGAUGCAUGCAUGUGUAACAAGAACUUUGACCCUGGGAACUGGGUAUACCUCUCCUCCAGUGGAGCCAGAUGCCAAGGGGCCUCACUCUGCUCUUUGCCAAAGUUGGUUCUCUGCCAUAGCUGCACAAACCUUAAACCCUGACCUUCCUGUCCCCGCCUUCCACCUCCUGCCUGGGUCUUCAGCUCAGUGCUACUCUCAAUACGAUACUGCUGACCGCAUUUGGCUAGUUCAAGUUAAAUGUAUGUUAAUGGAAAUGAAAUACAAUGAAAAUGCAGUGCUCAGUCA